GAGGUUGCCGCUCGUCUCACCUCCGCGUGACUCUCCGGUGCCGUCGGUGAACCGUCGCCACAUUUCCUCGACAGGGUCCGGCGUGGAUCAACAGAAACCCGGGUCAGAAAAGAGUCAGAGGAGAAGAUCAUCACCACGCUCGUGUUUGUACUCUGAUACACAGUGUCUGUAAAUCAGAGAUCUACGGGUACCAGCAUAGAGGCCGGAGCCUGGCGGAAACAGCUGCCCUGACGCCGUCCGGCCGUUCCAGAGCCCACACACCGGCACCUCUGAAGCUCACUAGGGGGGGGGCGAAGCCAUGCUCAGACUCCUCAGUCACCACGGCAAGAGGACGCCUCACUGCCUCGCCGGCCAGCGGCGCUACCAGCACCGCGGGGCCGUCAUGGCCAUCCGCCGCGAGGACAUCAACCCCUGGGAGCGGAGGGCGCCGCUGGCCCCGCGCCACGUCCGGGAGCUCACCAACGCCGGCGUCAAAGUCCUGGUCCAGCCGUCCAACAGCAGAGCCAUCCACGAGAAGUACUACAUGAAGGCCGGGGCCAUCGUUCAGGAGGACAUUUCGGAGGCGUCGCUGAUAAUCGGAGUGAAGAGGGUGCCGGAGGAGAAGGUCAUCCGCAGAAAGACGUACGCCUUUUUCUCCCACACCAUCAAGGCUCAGGAGGCCAACAUGGGGCUUCUGGACGACCUGCUGAAGAAGGAGGUCCGUCUGAUCGACUACGAGAAGAUGGUCGAUGCAAACGGCUACCGGAUCGUAGCGUUUGGUCAGUGGGCCGGUGUCGCAGGAAUGAUAAACAUUUUGCACGGAUUGGGGCUGCGCUUCUUGGCUCUCGGACACCACACUCCCUUCAUGCACAUCGGCAUGGCUCACAACUACAGGAACGUCAGCCAGGCCAUCCAGGCAGUGAGGGACUGUGGGUAUGAGAUUUCCAUGGGGCUCAUGCCCAAAUCCAUCGGCCCCGUCACGUUUUGUUUCACCGGGACCGGCAACGUCUCCAAGGGAGCCCAAGACAUCAUCAACGAGCUUCCUGUUGAAUAUGUUGAACCUCAUGAGUUGAAGGACGUCUCUGAAGGUGGAGAUCUGACCAAAGUCUACGCCACCGUUCUGAGCCGACACCACCACCUGAUGAGGAAGAGCGAUGGCAUCUACGACCCGUUGGAGUACGAGAUCCACCCGGAGCUGUACACCUCACACUUUAGGACCAGCGUGGCGCCCUACACAACCUGUCUGAUCAAUGGUAUUUACUGGGAUCCCCACACACCUCGACUCCUCAGGCGACUGGACGCCCAGAAGCUGAUGAGGCCGAUCAAAACCUUGUCUGCACCCAUCGGGGGUUCCCCAGAGCUGCCGCACAAGCUGCUGGCCAUCUGCGACAUCUCGGCUGACACCGGAGGCUCUAUAGAGUUCAUGACUGAGUGCACCACCAUCGACAAGCCUUUCUGUAUGUACGAUGCUGACCAGCACAUAGAUCACGACAGCGUGGAGGGAAACGGGGUCCUCAUGUGCUCCAUUGACAAUCUUCCCGCUCAGCUCCCCAUCGAAGCCACCGAGUACUUCGGAGACCGACUCUUCCCCUACAUCUGGGAGAUGCUGCCUUCAGACGCCACCAGACCGCUGGAGGAGGAGGACUUCAGCCCUCAAGUCCGAGACGCUGUCAUCACCUCCAACGGAGUACUCACCCCAAAGUUUGAAUACAUUGAAAAACUUCGGGAAAGAAGGGAGAAGGCCCAGAUCAUGAAGAAGACCGGGAUGAAGCGAGUCCUGCUGCUGGGUUCGGGAUACGUCUCCGGACCCGUCGUUGAGUAUCUGACCCGCAGUGAGACGACCCAGGUCACCGUGGCGUCGGCGCUGCUGAAGCAGGCGGAGGAGCUGGCGAACAAAUAUCCCAACACCAUCCCCAUCAUGCUGGACGCCAGCAGCCAGGAGGGACACCUGGACUCGCUGGUCAAAGAUCACGACUUGGUCAUCAGCAUGCUGCCAUACUCGUUUCACCCGCUCAUCGCCAAACACUGCAUCAAGAGGAAGGUGAACAUGGUGACGGCCAGCUACCUGAGUCCUGCCAUGAAGGAGCUGCAGAGCAGUGCGGAGGAGGCGGGCAUCACCAUAGUGAAUGAGAUGGGACUGGACCCGGGUAUCGACCACAUGCUGGCCAUGGAGUGUAUCGACCAGGCCAAAGUCGACGGCUGCACUGUGGAGUCCUACACCUCCUUCUGCGGUGGUCUUCCUGCUCCUGAAUGUUCAGACAAUCCCCUUCGCUACAAGUUCAGCUGGAGUCCGUACGGUGUCCUCCUCAACACCAUCAGCCCCGCCAUCUUCCUCAAAGACAACCAGGCGGUGAGCAUCCCGUCCGGCGGGUCUCUGAUGGACUCCACCGCGCCGAUGGAUUUCCUUCCCGGUUUCAACCUGGAGGGAUUUCCCAACCGCGACAGCACCAAGUACGCCGAGCCCUAUGGCAUCCAGACAGCGCACACGCUGAUCAGAGGAACGCUGCGCUUCAAGGGCUUCUCCAAGGCCAUGAGUGGUUUUGUCAAACUGGGUCUGAUUAACAGCGAGCCCUGUCCCAUCCUGCAGCCCACUUCAUCUCCUGUUUCCUGGAAAGCGCUCCUCUGUAAGCAGAUGGGAUUACCGUCCUCUGUUUCCCAUGAUGCCUUUGAAGAAGCCGUAUACAAACGCAUAGAAAACGACGACUUCAGGAUGGACACCCUGAGAUGGUUUGGGAUGCUGGGCGACGAUUCAGUGCCUCACGCCGACAGUAUUCUGGCUGCCCUGGCAAAACAUCUGGAAGCCAAACUCUCAUUCGUUAAGGGUGAGCGAGACAUGAUCAUCAUGAGGAACGACGUGGGGCUUCGCCACCCGACAGGCGAGCUGGAGACCAAACACAUCAGCCUGGUGGUGUACGGCGACCCGAACGGUUUCUCUGCCAUGGCCAAGACUGUAGGAUACCCAGCAGCCAUUGCUGCUCGCAUGCUCCUUGACGGUGAAAUCAAUACAAAGGGCCUGGUGGUUCCGAUGACAAAGGAGAUCUAUGGGCCGGCGCUGGCCCGACUGAAGGAGGAAGGACUGCACAUCAUGUCCAAGAGCACGCUGGAGGAGUAGAGCUGAGCCUCCAAAGAGAGCCGACUACUCGCUGUAAAUCCUAUCCAACAACUCAAGCAAUAAUGUAUAAAAUCCACAUGCUAUUAAUCUUUUCACUAACUUUAUCCAAACGUGAUCAGGCAGAAUCAGACUCACCUGUCUGCUGGGGGGUCCAUAAAAUAAACAUACUUUUUUUUUUUUUUUUUUUUAAAUAAAUAUGUAAAAGGGAAAGGGGACAAAAAGUUUGAAAGCAGAAAAACCAAAAAGGUAAAAUGUUUUCAUCCCCAAAAGUUAUUUUUAUUGUGUUGAAUUGAAACUUUACGGCUACUUGGUGAUGCUUUGAAACCGUGUUUGUUAGUUUUAGAUCUCAAAAGCUUUAAUGGAUGCUGGUGGUGAUAACUCAGUAAUCUGAAGUUUAAUAUUGGCAAUCCUGAGUUUGGCUGAAUUUGCUCAUCUGCGCCAAGAUGAAAUCAGUUUUUCCACUGGCGUCGGCUGCUUCACAGAAAAGCUCUUUUGUGAAGAUGGGUAAAAGGUCGACCGAUCGAACGGUGUUCAGGCAUUAGAAAUUUAAAGCGUUAAAAAGCACGAACGUCACCUCGCUGAUCAUGUAAAACUAUUGUGGAAUCAAGGUCUGAAUGGAAUUUGAAACCACGUGUGCCGGAGACUUUAUGGUAGAUGCUGACAUCCAACGUUUAAAACUACUUCAGCACCGGCCGCAAGUGUUGUCACCUAUUUAAAUCAAUUAAUAAUUAAAAAAUUAUGCUUUAUCAACCCUUCUGCAAUCACAAAUAAGCCAUGUGUUCCUAAAGUGUUAGUUGGUUAGAAAAAUCAACAAAGCUGUUAAACCCUGCCAUCUUUUAACAGACCUUUUGUCCCCAUCAGCUCCAACGGCAACUGCAUUACCACUGAUGGCUGUAUUAACUUAACAUAAUAAACCCAGCUCAGUACUGCACCGACCUUCGAACUGUGAUAAACCUGAACCAGAGAGACACUUCCUCAGGCACAGUCCCGACUCGGUAUUUCGACGGAAAUGCUUCAUAAAUAUUAACGGACUUCGCCCACUCCAUGUAAUAUCGGGGCAAUGUGCC